ACUUGACAAGUAGUGAUCUUUCCGUCCAACUCAUAGUAUAUAGCAAAGUAAAAAUGAAUCCUUUGUCUCUUAUGAAAGAGAAACAAAAAUUGGACGAGAUCUACAAUACAUUGCACAAAGAGCUCAGAGACUAUGAAAAAUUGAGAGAUACUCCGUACCCAUACCAGCUUUGGCAGAGAAUACCACGAUGUAACUUGAAACUACAGGAAUUGAAGCCAAACUACUAUUUCGACGCUAUAAAUGUUAUAGAACAAUAUUACCUAGAUGAAGAACCCUUAUUCAGAACUAUGCACCUGAUAGAAGAUCAUGAUUCAUCAAUAUCAUUUCGAUUGAGGGUACUGAAUAAUCUAAAGAACUCCACAUCGGUGAUAGCAUUGAACGAAGGCAAUCUUUUAGAGAUAGCUGGAGUACUAGUGCUGGUAGAAGUAACAAGGAAUUAUUUUAGCAGAACUAUGAGCAGAGAAGACCUAGUACAAGGCCACUGCCACAGAAAAUAUGUGAAACUAACCAGCAGUUUGGCCUAUGAUGUUGACCUUUACUCUAUGUUUGAAUGCUUCAUCUUUCUGAGGAUAUACGUUUUGUGUAUAAAACCAAAUUAUAGGCACAUGGGACUUGGAUUGAAAUUUUUUGAAACUGCAUUCUACGUAGCUCAGUCCUUAAGAAUCCCUGUGAUUAUGGGGGUGUUCACUGAUUCUUGCUUGCAGGUUUUAGCUAGAAAAAUUGGUAUGAAAGAAAUAAAGAAAAUUGAAUACAGUGACUGGAAAGAUUGCGAGGAAAAUGAAGUAUUCUCAAAUCUCAGACCCGAUCACACUUGUUGUUCCUUGAUGGCCGGUACUGUACCUUUACCCCCACCACCCUUGGAAGCUCCUCCUGUUGUCCAAGAAGAAAAAGGGAAAAAGAAGAAAUAAUUCAUAGCACUUUCAGUGGAACCCACCCAAAAAAUUAUUACAUGAUUGAUUUAUCAUUAUUUGUUAAUUAUAGAUAAUAGAAUAAAAUUAUAUAUUUGAAUCGAA